AUGAAUUUCAGCUUACCCGAUGCUCUUGCUUUAAUAAAAGAAGGAAGGGCAAAUGAGGCCGUUGAUUAGCUGAAUAAAUUUAUUGAAUGCUUGUAGCCUCUGAGUCCUUAAACAUAAUUGUUGGGAUAGCAACUUGGGAUUGAUUGUGAAUUUUUCAGGAUUGUUAAUUUUCAGGACUUUUAUGAUCCUGAUCCUUAAGUUUAGGCACUGCGAUUUAAAUAUUACGCAUACAAAGUAGCAAGUAAUUGAUACGAUUUGAAACUUUAGAGUGGGGUUAUUAGAUAAUUUAAUAAAAGAAAAAAGUGAAACGAAGACAUGAUUUAAUUGAGAAAUCGGAGUAGUUAGGUAUAUAGAAUGAAAUAGGAAGAACCUUUGGAGUUGAUAUGGAAUCCAAGUAAUUGGUUGAGUCUCGAUUGCAAUCAAUAUCUGAGAAAUUGUAGAAGAAGAAACAAAUAUUCUAAAAGUAAUUACUCUGUUAAUUGGACAUUGAAAAGAGACGAACUGACUACAAGGUUCAAUAGGAAGAUAAGAUAGAGAAAGUAAGAAAAGCUUUAAAAUCAGAUUAUGAUCACAAAAUAGUGGCUGUAAAGGAUCAUUUGGAGAAAGUCAAUGAGAAAUUAAAAAAUAACCAUAGAAUGAAAAAGAAGAUGGAGGAUGAAUUAAUUAAUAAAAGAAGUGAAUUAUUGAAAAAUGCUUCAUUGAUGUAAUGUUUUCAAUUAAAUUCAUUAGUGAUGAUAAAAUAAAUAAAUUGGAAGAAAUGAGAAAGGAAUAGAUUGAACAUAUGAAAUAAGCUAGGUCAUAAAAAAAAUAAAGAUAGCAUUCUUUUUAAGAGAAGUAGAAUUAACAGUAUGAGGAAUAUUUGGAGAGGAUGAAAUAGAAGUUAGAUUAGAAAAGUAAUUUAUAUUUUUAUUUGUUCUAGGGGUUGUUGAAAUUCAUUCUGAAAGUCAUAAAGAUUUUGGUAAAAGAUAAGUUUAUGAUAAUUAUGAAAAAAAUCUUGAAAAUAUCAUACUAAAGUAUUAGAAGUAAUAACCAAUAAUAAAUAAUUUACUUGCCAAAUCUAUUGAGUAAGUUUAAUAAAAGAAGUAAGUUGAGAUUGAGAAAUUUCAAAAGGUCAAAUCUAAUUAGAAAUUACAUUUGAGUACUCCCAGAAUAGAACCUAGAAAAGUAGAUGAAAUCUUGGAAAGAAGGGAUAAGAGACUCCAAGAGGAGACUAUUUUGAGAAGAGAGAUAUACUAAUAAAGAGUAUUAAAUUUUCUUCAAAAUCGUCAAUAAUUACAGAGAUUAUAAUCUUAAUAGGUCGAGAGAUACAAUGAAUUUUAUAGCAGAUAGAGUGCAAGAUUGAAAAAUAUAAGGAGUUCUCAUGAAUAAAUGAAAUCCACUGUAAAGUAAGUAUUUCGAGUAUCUAUUUAAGCUUUGCCUUAAUGUAAGCCAAUAGGAUUGAAGAAUAAACAGCUUUAAAGAUAUAGAGGGCAAUUUAAUUGAUAAAUGAUCCUGAUUUGCAAAUGUAGUUUAAACCAAAUGAAAAACUGAAUACUCAAUAGAAGGUAGCAAAGAAAAAAUAAGAAGAAAUGUAAUAAUUACUAAAAUCAUUUGUGACAAGUGAAGUUGAUUUAUUGAGAUUUUCUAAAUCUGUAACUGAGGUUAAAAAUGAAGAAAAUUAAUAAUAAAAAUGA